AUGACCAAAAGGGGAGGGCACUGUGCCACAAAGGGCCCGUGUGGCUCAUGCUGGGCGUUUAGUGCCGUCGGUGCUCUGGAGGGUCAGAUGAAGAGGAGAACAGGUUCACUGGUCCCCUUGAGUCCGCUGAACCUGCUGGACUGCAGUGUGAGUCUGGGGAACCGCGGCUGCAGAGGCGGAUAUCUGAGCCGAGCCUUUCUCUACAUCAUCCAGAACAACGGCAUCGACUCCAACACCUUAUACCCGUAUGAACACAAGCUACUGCAGAACGGUGCCUGUCGAUACUCUGUGACGGGAAGAGCCGGAUAUUGCUCAGGUUUCCGGAUUCUUCCGCGUCACAAUGAGGCAGCGCUGCAGUAUGCCCUUGCUAACAUUGGACCUGUGUCCGUUGGUGUCAAUGCCAAACUUGCUUCCUUCCACAGGUACAGAGGCGGUGAGACAUAUAUAAUACAUCACACACACCUGUCUAUCUGCUUUCAGUCCCCCCAAAUGAUACAUACGUGUGUUCAGGAAUCUACAGCAAUCUGAAGUGCUGCUCUGGACUGAUCAAUCAUGCGGUUCUAGUUGUGGGUUACGGCUCAGAAAAUGGACAAGAUUACUGGCUGGUGAAAAACAGGUUGAUUUUCACUUGAUAAAAAAAAUACUAUGUGACAGUUAUGACUUUAGAACAGGCAUUUUGUCAGGUUUUAAAAGGUUAUUUUAAUAUUAUAAUUAUUUUACCAUUAUUACGAAUCAU